CUUCACCUCUUCAUUUUCUCGCCCUCAACUUCCCAAUGCAGCGUCCUCCAAGGUGUCCAUUCGAUAUCAAGCGAUGCACAUUCCCUUCAGAUGCUCCAGAAAGUGCAAGAAAAACGCACAAUAGUACCUAUCACUCACCUCAACCUGUCGUAUUUAAAUCAGAAUACACCAUCGAAACUUUUGUUGUGCAUCGUGACCCCAGUUGCGGAUACGCCUAUCCUUGCCCACAUCCCAAAUGCAACCACGCUUCGCUUCUCGCGUCAGCUCCAAAGAAACAUCACAAAACAUGCAGAUAUUUCCGGGAGCAAUAUCCCAUCGGUGCUGUUCUCCAUGCCAGCCCUAUUUCUUCUGAAGAGGUCAAUACCCGAACCAACGCUAUUUCUUCUGAAGGGGCGAAUACCCGAACCAACGCUAUUUCUUCUGAAGAGGCCAAUACCCGAACCAACGCUAUUUCUUCUGAAGAGGCAAAUAUCCAUCCCACCAGUGCUGCUCUCUCUAGUGUUCCUGUUCUUACCUCUGCCUGUGGCCAUGUCUCUGACGGGGAUGGCGUCUCUGACGAGGAUGGCGUCUCUGACGGGGAUGGCGUCUUUGACAAACCUGCUCCUAAAGCCAUAAGGAAUCGUAUUUUUCCUUCACCCUCACCUCAUUCCAGCAGACAUUACUCACCAGGGAUCAUAGAGCACCGGAGGUUACGGGCGCUAGAUGAGGCCAAUACUGACUUAAAGGAGAUCUGUUCAGAUUUCUUUGAAUCAGCGCAAAAACUUAUUGUUGGAUUUAGCGAUAAGAUCCAUACACGUCUAAUCCAAACCGUUGAGUCCGGCAUAAAUGAAUUUACAAACAAGCUCGAAGACAAAAUGGCAAGCAAUACAAGUGCCGUGGUCCAACUGCAUGACGAGUUCAGGAAGUACGCCAACAAUGAGGUCAAAAUAAACGAAAGUGUAAACAGAAGAAUGACAGUUCUUGAGGAUAUGAUGAAAGAGAUGAAUGAAAGGCUCAUAAUAAUGAGUACAGUUAAGACAUCUACUCCAAUCCAUCGUGGUUCUUUGGCUGGUGAUAGCUCCUCCACCAAUGAUUCCGAUGGACCGCGACAACAAUUAAAAAGGCGAAUGAGAGAUAUGAAGCCCUACAAGUUCCGUGAGGAACUGAGCUCCCUAAAUCAGCCACCAUUGCCGUCUACUAUAAAUUCUGCCAAGCUUGUAUAUGAUGAGGAACAAUUAAGGCUAAUAGAGGAGGAGAAGAGGAGAGAAGAGGAGGAGAGGAUGAGGGAAGGGGAGGAAGUUGAAGAGGAAGAAGUUGAGGAUCAUCUGUACAAGCAAUUAAAGAUUGAGCAACCGAGCAGCAAGCGUUUACGAACACAGUAUGAACCAGAAACACCUGAGGUUUCAUUUGAAAAAGAUUACCAGGAAUAA